UUCGGGGGCGUGUCCCGGCGGCUGAGGUGAGCCACGGCGCGCGGGCGGUUGGUCCAUCCCUCCUUCCACGCGGGUAUAGGCCGGGUUCAGUGUCUUUAGAGAUCAGCCGGCGGCAGGCAUGGCGGGAAUCUCCGCGUCAGGCAGCAGGAGGCGGAGUGGGCCCCCGGCACCUAGUCCUGGCCCUCCGCCCAACACCGGGCACCCUCCAAGCAAGCGGGCCCGAGGAAUCCCCGCCACCCCGGACCCCGAAGACCCAUUCGGCCUUCAUGGGGAUUUCACCGCCGACGACCUGGAGGAACUCGACACGCUUGCGUCCCAGGCCCUGAGCCAGUGCCCGACCACGGCUCGGGACGUGUCCAAUGUUCAUAAGGUCACCAGAUUAGAUGGGAUGUCAAAAUAUCCUGCAGGGAAAAACAGAGAAAGUGUUGCAGUUAAAGACAAUUUUGAAUUAGAGGUACUUCAGGCACAAUACAAAGAACUUAAAGAAAAGAUGAAGGCAAUGGAAGAAGAAGUGCUCAUUAAAAAUGGAGAAAUUAAAAUUUUGCGGGACUCAUUGCAUCAGACAGAAUCCAUGCUAGAGGAACAGAGAAGAUCUCAUUUCCUUCUUGAGCAAGAGAAAACUCAAGCACUCAGUGAAAAAGAAAAGGAGUUCUCCAAAAAGCUCCAGUCCUUGCAGUCUGAACUCCAGUUUAAAGAUGCAGAGAUGAAUGAAUUAAGAACGAAGCUUCAGAGCAGUGAACGAGCUAAUAAACUAGCUGUACCCACCGUUUCCCAUGUCAGUCCUAGGAAAAGCCCUUCUGUGGUUAUAAAGCCAGAAGCAUGUUCUCCACAAUUUGGAAAACCAUCUUUCCCUACAAAGGAGUCUUUUAGUGCUAACAAGUCCCUUCCCCAGCCCUGCCAGACAGAGCCAGCAUACAAAUCCCCGAUGAGCAGAGAGGUUGCAGAGAAUAAGGCCCACAGUCUGGGAGGUGGCCCCAUAAAGCAGGAAGAGCCCCAGAAAAGUCUUCUUGACAGCUGGAGAUCAAACAAUCAAGGCUCCAUUUUGAUAAACCUUCUCCUGAAGCAGCCUUUGAUCCCCGGGUCCCCCCUGGGUCUGUGCCAUCUCCUGAGCAGUUGUCCUGAGGCUCCUGCUGGCACCCAGUUCCAGCUACCGGGGCUUGGCAGUACCUUGACUGGGAUUUCAAGCCUGAGGACCACAGGUCCUCGCGAUGGGUCAUUUCCCGUCUCAGCCCUGAGAGAAGCGCAGCACAUGGCGCUCACCGGACUGAACCUAGUGGCCAGGAAUGAGGAAGGCUCCAGCGACAGAGACCCAGCAGAGGGCGGCGGAAGGGCCUUCCCGCUCCGCAGGCUCCCUGGGGCUGUGCAUCUCCUCCCCCUGGUACAGUUCUUCAUUGGCUUACACUGUCAGGCUCUGCAGGAUUUGGCAGCAGCCAAGAGAAGCGGAGCGCCUGCGGACCCACCGACACACCCCUCCCAUGGGAGCCCUGGGGUAGAGGCCAGCCCCGAGGACUCUGUUUGUAACCUGGAAGGCUUCUCGGUGGCGGCACUUAGCGUCCUCCAGCACCUGGUGUGCCACAGCGGAGCAGUCGUCUGCCUGUUACUGUCAGGAGCGGGCACUGAGCCUGCUGCAGGAGAAGGAGACCAGAGCCAGGUUCAUGGACAUAGUCAUGGGGAUGCGACCUCAGCCCCAGAGGGGCUUGCCAAGGACCAAGGCCAGCAUCCACUCUUGAAGAUGCUCCUUCACCUUCUGGCUUCCUCUUCUGCAGCAACAGGUCACCUUCAAGCCAGUGUCCUCAGCCAGUGCCUUAAGGUUUUGGUGAAAUUAGCUGAAAAUGCUUCCUUUGAUUUCCUGCCCAGGUUCCAGUGCGUGUUCAGGGUGCUGCCGCAGUGCCUGCGCCCAGAGACGCCCCUGCCCAGCGUGCUGCUGACGGUUGAGCUCCUGUCCCUCCUGGUGGACCAUGAGAAGCUCGCACCUCAGCUCUGCUCCCACUCGGAAGGCUGCCUCCUGCUGCUGCUGUACAUGUACAUCACGUCAAGGCCUGACAGAGCCGCCUCCGAGACACAGUGGCUGCAGCUGGAGCAAGAGGCCGUGUGGCUCUUGGCCAAGCUGGGUGUGCAGAGCCCCUCCUCCCCAGUCACUGGCUCCAGCUGCCAGUGCAAUGUGGAGGUGGUCAGAGCGCUCACGGUGGUGCUGCACAGACAGUGGCUGACGGUGCGGCGGGCAGGGGGGCCCCCGCGCACCGAGCAGCAGAGGCGGACGGUGCGGUGUCUGCGGGACACCGUGCUGCUGCUGCACGGCCUGUCCCAGAAGGACAAGCUGUUCACGGUGCACUGCGUGGAGGUCCUGCACCAGUACGACCAGGUCAUGCCCGGGGUCAGCACGCUGAUUCGAGGGCUUCCUGACGUGACCGACUGUGAAGAGGCGGCCCUGGAGGAUCUCUGUGCCGUGGAGACCGACGUGGACGAGCCCGAGAUGGACUGUGGCUGAGGCCUGUGAGCACCGAGCCACACGGUGGCACCAGAGCCACUCCCGUCCUUCCUUCCUCCUCUGAUUAAAAGCACUGACUGGC